AUGUCUUUAAUACAGCUCUCAAAGCUCCUAAAUCUACCAGAAGGAGAGCUCAAGCAGGUCUUUGACUAUGCUACGACACUCUCAAAGCAAGAAGCUGCGGAUCAUUUCAACAACUUUCUCGGGGAGUCACCACAAUCAAUAGAAUUCAUCUCCUCGUUCAAUUCCAGCCGCAAAGAUCCAACUUCUGCCUCGGCCUCCAGAACCGCAACCCUCUCAAAUGAAGCAUCCGGAGUCCCCAAAUCUCGCAGAACACCAAAACAGAAAGCGCCCCUCCAUACACCCAAACCCCGCCAAAUACAAGAUAAUUACGCCGCCCAAGGCACCGCAUACGUCAAGAAGAAUGAAAAUGACUAUAUGACCAAACGACCUGCUGUUUCUGCAUCUACAUCUAAUGCAUUUACCCUCCAAGCCAAACCCGAAGCCAUCCAAGCACCCAUUCCCAAACCACCACCUUCAGCAGCUGGAACCUUGAUCUCCGACUUCAAGUCCAAAAGCAAUUCCACCUCCCGAAACGCCUCGCGCACCUCUUCCCCCGCACCCUCGAAGACAAAGGUAAACAUCACAGGUGGCACAUCUAUGCACGGCGCAUCCUCUGCGCUCAACGAACUCGAUGCCGCGAUACGCAGUCUAGAAAUAUCCACUAAUAGCUCUCUCAUGCUCGAUACCGAAAAGCGGAAAUGCAACUGUAUUGGAGCCCGCCAUCCGUUACUAGAAGCUGCGCCCAACUGCCUGAGUUGCGGCAAGGUUAUAUGUGUGAAGGAGGGACUGGGUCCCUGUACAUUCUGCGGAACGCCGUUGCUAAGCGCGGUGGAAGUACAGGGCAUGAUACGGGAACUGAGGGAGGAGAGAGGGCGGGAGAAGAUGGCGCUCGAUGCAGCUGGUCAUAGACGCGCUGAAGUAUCCAAGAAACCAGCGCCUUUCAGCACGCCCAGGGCCGUGGAAAUGAGUCCCGCGGAAGCGAAAGCCAAGGAGCAUAGAGACCGCUUACUAGGGUUCCAGGCCCAGAACGCGAAGCGGACAACAGUUAGAGAUGAGGCGGCGGAUUUCGAGACGCCGGUUACGGGCGGGGCGAAUAUAUGGGCUAGUCCUGCGGAGCGGGCGAAGCAGUUGAAGAAACAACAGAAGGUGCUGGCGGAGCAGGAGUGGAAUGCGAGGCCGGAGUAUGAGAAGAGGAGACAGGUGGUAAGUAUUGAUAUUGUGAAGGGGAAGGCUGUCAAGAAGAUAGCCAUGGCUGCUGUAGAGAGGCCGCAGGUGGCGGAGAGUGAUAGUGAAGAAGAGGUAUUACCGUUGAGUAAUACAAGUGGGAACAAAGGCGGCGGAACUUUCAGUCGGAACCCGUUAUUGGGAGGCUUAAUAAGGCCCGUUUGGAAUGCUGGGAAAGGUAAAGAAGCAGAGACUGCCGAGACGGCGAUUGAACCUAGGAAAAAGACAUGGCGAAGGGUACAAGACGAUCUAGAGGACAACGAGGCUGUCAUUUUAGAUGGAGGGGUCUAUGGCGGCGAUACGUCUGAUAGCAAAUUAGAAGCAGAGGGGCCCGGAUGUGGUUAA